AACUUUCCACGCAUUCAAUAAAUUCGUCAUAAAAAUCAAACGAGACCCUUUCUCUCAACUCUAGACCUUCCCUUUUCUUUUCCAAAACCCUAAUUUCUCCGCGAGAUCCCCCACUAUCGAUCGGAGCUCGCGGAGAGGAUCUCGUGAUCGCCAUGGAUUCCGGCUAAGCUUCGCAGCUAUGGAUUCUCAAGAGGUUUUGGAACGGGAGUCGGAGCGGGGAGGAGAAGGUUCUCGCUUCUUGGCUCGCUGCUGUUUCAGUGUGUUCUUCGUGAUCGCGGUCUCGUUCUCCUUGUCCUUUUUGUUUGGUUUAGUUGCCCUUGCGAUCGGUAGUACAUCAGCUUCGCCUCCUGUGUCGGUUCCCGCCAAUUGCCGAAUCAUCUCUAGCAGUGUAGAUAUUAGGUUUUCAAAGGUUUGUGAACUAGGAUUGUUAAAUUAUAAAGCCAACAAUGUCUUUUACCCUUUGGAGAGAAGUAGAUUCAGAUGUCGUCAUGACUACUAUUGGGCAUCAGUUUUUGAGCGUCUGCUGUCGGCAUUGGAUUGUCAUACAAGGGAAAUGGUGGAAUACAAAGAAUAUUUUUCUGGUCAUCUACGCCAUGCUAUAGCAGAGUCUCCCAAAGAAGCCCUUCCUGUUGCUUGUCGGCCCAGUUUUGGCACUGCAUGGCUGACAAAAAUGAAGUUCAAGGUCAAUGGAACAUAUAGCUGCAGGUAUUCAUUGGGUACUGGAAAAGCAGAUAUCUAUCCCGAUGAGCUUUUUAAUUGCGAAGCCAAAGAGCCAUCGAAAAUAGAGAUGCUCAGAAGAUUUUUCAUUUUGUUUAUGAAGUUGAACUUUUCCGCUGACAAGGCUGGUUCUGGACGUGAAAUGGCACACUUAGUUGCAGGACUUGUGUCUGGAAUGGUAAUUGGGAUGUGCUUCAUCAUUUUAAUUAAGAGCCUAAGGAUCUUGUGGCUCACCGUCACUAGGCACUGGGCAGCUAGGAAGCUCCAAAUCAAAGUAUUUGCAGCACGAUUUAGGCGGUUUGUGGAGGUGAGGUGACCAAACUGGAACCGGAAGUCAAUAGAUAUCUAGAAGUGAGGGGCCACAUGGGAAACAUGCAUUUUAUCCUAGUUAAUGCACAAGGACUUUGAGCAAGAAAGCGAGCAAUCAAUGCGGUAGUUGCGGAACGGGUAAGUAAGCUUCUCAUCAUCUACAUGUUUUUAGCCAGGUUAAGUUGAAUUUAACUAUUUUAUUAUUGAUUUUGUCAAUUCAUUGAGUCCUAUCUGAUUUAAAUUCUUUUAGGAAAUUCCAACUAUUAAAUUUAAUAGUUCAUAUUUAUGAUCGACUUGCUUGUGCCUUUAUGACGUGCUAAAGUGCAAGUUCCUAAGUUUAGAUGUGAGGAUAAAGGUCAUUAAACAUGAAGCAGUGAACAUGAUAGAUGCAUUCUGUGAUAGAGUGCGCCACAUGGGAGCACAUGAAGGCAGCCACAAGCAAUACAUAAAUCACAACCAUUGCUUACGCAUUUGAUUGAAAUUUAGAUGCUGGAGAGAUAAGAAACUGGUAAUAGUUGAAACAAGGGACACAAUCAUGUUAACUGCUUAAUAAGACGUUGUCCAUCAUGUCAAUCAUUGCCUGUCAAUUGUAACCAAACAACACUCCACAUGCUAGGAACAUGCAGAUGUGUAGGGAAUGAGCUUACUGUUUGA